CGGCAACCGCUGUAUCGCCUCGUCCUCGCAUUUUCAGCGGCGCUGUCGCGGCAAAACUUUUCCCAGACGAUAGGGCGGCAGUGCGGCACCACCAUCGCCGCGCCCUAGCCUCACGCCAGAGCCGAGAGGGGUCAAGGAGCGGCCUCUUCGGCGCCGGCGAGCACGAGAACCUUUCUCUGUCGUUUCUCCCCGGCGGCUGCCGAGAAGAUAAAUUCACUAGCAGUUCAUCCAUCCUACACAUGAUUGUCACAUGGAGAAUUCCAGGAACAGAUCUGCAUUUACAUGAAGCUUCUUCAAUGAUGUCGUGCUAGUCUGCUGUGCUAACAUUUUGAGGGGAUCACACAUGGCAGACACCCUAUUUCUUGUUCUCAGAAAAAUUGCUCUCUCCCUCGGAGGAGCGGCGUCAGAGAAGCUGAGCACAGAGGUAGUGGAGGCAGCAUCGGUUCUGACGGAUUUCGAGCAUGGCAUGAAACAGAUCGAGGGCGAGUUCAUGAUUCUGCAGGCAUUUAUUGGCCAGGUUAGCGCACAGAAUGUUGGUGACAAGACAUUUGAUGCCUGGCUGGACCAAGUUAGAGAUGUUGCCCAUCAGGUAGAAGAUAUCAUUGACGAGUAUACUUUCCUCACUUCGCAAGCUGCUGGCAUAGACGGAUUCUUCAAGAGGAAAUUCCAUCAGGCUAAGAGCUUUGCAGCAUGGCGGAACCUGUCAAGCCAGAUUGAUCAAGUAGAAACUCGAAUUCAGCGGCUCACUACAAUGAAAGAUCGUUAUGGAAUUUCUGUAGGAGAACCGGGCAGGAGUAGCACACUACAAUAUGCCAGGCAGCUCUCUCUAUCAGAUUCUUCUUAUCUAUCUGAUGAUACUGAGUUAGUGGGCAAUGCCAGUGAAAUAAGUAUGUUGACACAAUGGCUACUCACAGAGCGACAAGACCGAUUGAUCAUGUCCAUCCUUGGCAUGGGAGGUCUAGGAAAAACAACCAUAGCAAGCAGUAUCUACAAAAAUCAACAGAUUAUCAGAAUGUUUGACUGUCAUGUGUGGGUGACUUUAUCUCAGAAUUAUCUAGUUGAAGACCUACUGAGGCAAAUCAUGAAGCAACUGAUGGACCAAAGAGCCUACAUGGCCAGUGGUAUCGAGACUAUGAGUCGUGUAAGACUAAUUGAGGAACUUCAGAGCUACCUACAGGACAAGAAAUAUAUGAUUGUCUUGGAUGAUGUAUGGGAUAGAGAUGACUGGUUAUUUUUGAAGCGUGCACUUGUAAUAAAUAAUCAUGGAAGUAGAGUGCUAGUGACAACUCGCAAAAAGGAUGUUGCUUCCUUAGCAAAUGACGGAUUUGUUGUGGAGCUUAAAGUUCUUCCUUAUGCUGAAGCAUGGGACCUAUUCUGUCAAAAGGCAUUCCGUAGAUUAGAAGACAAAAUAUGUCCACUAAAUCUGAGGCCUUGGGCAGAUAAAAUUGUGAAGAAGUGCCAAGGACUUCCACUGGCUAUCGUCGCAGUUGGGAGCCUUUUGUCGUACCGAGAACUAGAGGAGCAAGAGUGGAGUUCUCUCCACAACCAACUUAGCUGGCAACUAGCUAACAAUCCAGAGCUCAGUUGGAUUAUGAGUGUUCUGAAUCUCAGCUUGAAUGAUCUCCCAAGUCAUUUAAAGAAUUGCUUCCUAUACUGCAGCCUUUUCCCUGAAGACUACAAGGUUAAAAGAAGAUGGAUCUGCAGGCUUUGGGUCGCAGAAGGUCUUGUUGAGGAAAGAGGUGCCGGGACAACAAUGGAGGAAGUUGCUGAGUGUUACCUAAAGGAGCUCACUCGUCGUUCUCUUCUUGAAGUUGCAGAAAGGAAUGUUCAUGGAAGAGCUAGCUCAUUUCAAAUGCAUGACCUUGUGCGCGAUGCAUGUCUGAUUGUUGCAAACAGAGAGAAGUUUGCUGUCGUAUACGGUGACCCUGGUAUAACCCAGGUUAACUCUGAAGUCCGCCGCUUGUUUGUUCAGAAGCAUGCUCGGUCUCUAAAGGUUGCUGCAGCGUCACGGAUCCGAUCUUUAAUCUUAUUUGACACACAAGUUGCAUCCUCUUGGAUAUAUGACAUUUCAUCAAAUUUCAGACUGAUCCGUGUCCUGUGUCUAAGGUUUGCUAACAUUCAUCAAGUGCCGGCUGUUGUCCCAGACUUGCUUAAUUUGCACUAUUUGGAUUUAGCUCACACAAAGGUUAAGCAUAUACCAGCAUCGCUCGGUAAACUUACGAACCUACAAGUUUUAGACCUGCGGUUCACCUACGUGGAGCAGCUGCCAUGGGAAAUAACAAACCUUACUAAAUUGAGGCAUCUGUAUGUAUACAUGCUCCGUGAUGUUCAAGAAAGGAUAUUUGACUGCUUUUCUGCUACAAAUAUCCCUGGCAAUAUUAGCCGUCUAAAGAAUCUGCAAAGCUUACAAUCUGUUUCGGCCAAUAAAGACCUACUUACGCAGCUCGGUGAGUUGACACUGAUGAGAAGUUUCGCUAUAAUGAAAAUGCGUCAAAACUACAUUGCAGAGUUAUGGGACUCCUUGGCCAGGAUGCCUAGCCUCAGUAGGUUGGUUAUUUUUGCAAACAGCAAGGAUGAGGUUCUUAAUCUGAUAAAGAUAAAGCCCUUGCGAAAUCUGAAGUUUUUUUGGUUGAGAGGGAGGUUGUAUGAGGGAGUGCUCCCGCAGAUGUUUGCAAGUUUUGAGAAGCUCGCUGCGUUGAAACUUGAUUGUUCUUGUCUGAAGAAAGAUCCUAUUAACUCCUUUGCUCACACGCUGAAUCUAGUGUAUCUGAAUCUUUGCAGAACUUAUGAUGGGGAACAAUUAACAUUUCGUGCAGGAUGGUUUCCCAAGCUCAGUUCUCUUGCAUUAGUUGACAUGGAACGUUUAAAUUCGAUUGAGAUUGAGGAAGGCACAAUGAAGGUUCUACAUACUUUGGAGAUUGUUGGUCUAAAGAGUCUGAAGAUAGUGCCUCGAGGCAUCAAGCACAUUAAGACACUACAGAAGAUGGUUCUAACAGAUAUGCGAAAGGAGUUCAUGGAUAGGCUGCAUGCGGAUGACAGUGACAUUGUUGAGCAUAUACCUGACAUCCAGAGUUUUGACUCCUUCGAUUCUGAAGCUGUUAAGAAGAUGGUUCUUCUGCCACAUCUUGCAAAGAAGUAUGGCACAGGCUGGUGGGAGCUUUGUUAAGAUAUCUAGAUACUUAUGUUGGUUAGGGUUCUACCCGCCUCUGACAUGUAGAUAAACUUGGAGUGCAAUUUGUAUGAUAGUCCCUCCGUUCCAAAAUAAGUGUCUCAGCUUUAGUACAACUUUUUACUAAAAUUAGUGCAAAGUUGUGACACUUAUUUUGAGACAGAGGGAGUAUGAUUGUAACAACCUUAACCGUGCAUUGUAAGUAUACGUGGACUCCUACGGUUGGUAGAUACGCUUCCCAACAUUUUCAUAAGCUGCAGGCAGGAGAUAUAUCGGGCUGUUUAGAUUAUUGCUCCGAGACGCGCUGCCAAAAUAUUGGUCGUUGACCCAGACGUGGUGCUCAUUUGGAUGGAGGCCAAAUAAUUGGUGCGCCCACCCCUCCGUAGCAGCUCAUAGUUCUUGCGCAGGGCGAUCAUUUGCCCCACUGCAUGGAGGGGGGAAGCAUG